ACCUGUACUUAAUAUAUUUUUUUAUUACAUACUUGCCUGUACUUACCUGUACUUAAUAUAUUUUUUAAAGAUUAUUUAGUUUCGUGUGUCGCCAUGUUGUUGAAACUCGCCUUCGCCGCCGUAAUGGCAGUUGGAAUCCUGGGGCACACAGUUCCCGAGGAGGACAGGUGGAUUAAUGCGCUCAUCACGACUGACUUUUGCGAAAGUGGAAAGUUCCAACAAGUGCAGGCUUCCAUGUCAACAUUCAAGCAAUGUGUGACAAAUGUGUAUUCUGACGAGAAUUUCAGGAAUGAGAUUAGAGUGGCGAAGUUCUAUGAUAACCAGGCCAAAAUGGUUAAGGCGUUCUGCGACAGAUCAGCACAGGUGAAGUCCUGCGUCCGACCACUAGUUACAAGCAUGACGCCGUGUUUCACGGCCAGUGGGUUACGCACUACACAAAAUAUUUUUGAUAAAUUACUCGACUUCUUUUGCCUUAACGAUGGAGCGAACACAAUUUCGUUCAUUAAGGAAGGUGGUUCAGAAUGUCUGGAACAGAAGCGAUCAGAUUUCGCAACCUGCAAAAAUAACAAGACACCUGAGAUCACUCGGCUCAUUGGUGUGUAUGGAAGUGGGCCGGCAAUUCCUGAAAAGGAGAGAUGCAAACUAGACAAACAAGAAAACGAAUGUGAGUUUGCCGCAGUGAAAAGCUGCGGGAAACCCAAUCUCGAUAAACUUUUGCAACAGCUAUUUAAUUCCAUCGAUUUGAACUGCGAGGAAUAAAUUAACAAAUACUGAAACCCUGAAACCGGCUUGGACCAGGAGAUUUAACGUUAAAAUUUCCCUUUGAAUGAAAAUUUCCAUUAAAAGUGGCCCAUGUUCACUGUUUUUGAGUGUAGGUUAGUAGUUCUAGUUAUAAAUAAACUUACCUAGAAAAAUUGUUAAUAAAUUCGCUGAUGAUAUUACUCCGUACUGAAUAAUAACAGAUUACUUCGUGUAUACAAUUUUUGUUUGGGUUUUUAUGUAUAUCAUAUGUACUUUUAUCACUGGAUUACAUAAACAUGGCAUA